AAUAGUACACACAGACUGGCGAACAUCAGCACCCCUUGUGUUUUGUUUUCUGUUGGUUGACAUUUCUCGUUACAGUGUUUCAGAAGUUUAUUUACCGUUCAGGUGGUUCCACUCGUUUUUCUUUCGUACUCAAAAGCAAUCCCAGGAAGAUGAUAGACGAAGAGAAAUUUGAAUCGAAAAAAGGCGACAAAGUGAAGACGAAAUUUGUCGCCCGAACGAUCCAGGAGGCACACCGAAUCAAACUCGAAAAGCUGAUGAGUGAUCCGACAAAACCUGUAAUCAUCCCAACAACCAAGCAAAAAAAGGACUUCUCCAAUGCCAUUCCAUCAUUCAUCCGAAAUGUUAUGGGAUCAAGUGCUGGGGCUGGAAGUGGGGAGUUUCAUGUUUACCGACAUUUGCGGCGUAAGGAAUAUGCGCGGCAGAAGCAUAUUCAACAGAAGAGCAAACAGGAGACCCUUGACGAAGAAUACGAACAGCGGUUGGCUAACAAUCGACUGCAAUCGGAAGAAAAAACUGCCAAAAAGAGAGCCAAGCGAUUGAGAAAGAAGAAAAAUGCCAAAAAUAAAGCAAAAGUGCCGAGAAUCGAUGAGCCAGCUGAAAAGUCAGGAAGUGAAUCGGAUGAUGACGAGGACGAGAAUGAUGAGGCUGAGGAUGGAAAACAAACCGAUGGAAAUGAAGCCAUCGAAACGAAACCCUCGACGGAUGAUAUUCCAUUGGAUGAUGUUGCAUCGAAUGAAGUUCCAACGGUUGAUGUAGAGACAGAAAAGCAAUCGGAAUCCGAAGAAAAGAGCGCUCCACAAGAAACCAAGUCAGAGGAAAAGGUUGAUGGUCUCAGCGGCGAUAAGGAAGGCAGCGUUAACGAAUGAUGUUUGAAGCGAAACGUAAUAUUAGUUUGGAGUUAAAUUAACGAAGCAUAAAAACGUUGUAUCACUCGCAUUACAGGUCCAGUUACUGUACUUAUGAUGUAAGUAAAUGAAUAAUGGUUCUUUAUAACAAUAAAGUUAGGAGGACACCUUGAAAUGAAUCAA